AGCGCGCUCAGUGCAACAGCUGCAUAGUGAGAGAUUUGCAAACAUUGAAUGCAAGCAAUCUGGCUGGCUAACAAUUGGCUAACUUAGCUAACCAGGACAAAACUUCAGCGGACAUUAUAACGUUACUUAUGAUUAACUGACUUUACCAUAGAAUAGAUUUCUAUCAACCCUUGUUCUUAUCGCAACUAUACGAUUCUCAGAACCUGUUAGGCUAGGAGUACUGGACCAUAACACCAGGGGGGGACAUCACGUAAUCAGAAGAUCUCAUCCAACACUGACCCUUCUUCACAUCAAGCCUAAUUGCCUCAGUUUUUCCACUUUUUUAUAACAUCAUGGCUAGCUGUAGAACCAUGCUCCAACUUCUCUGGCAACAGUUAAACUGACUUUUCUGACAUGACUUUUAACUGAAGUGAGGGGAGAGAAAAAAAUCCUUUAUUGUCUAUCCAGAGACUUCCUACUUUGACCAUACAUUGGAAGGCAUUUGUAGUACUUUUUCAGUCAAGUAAGGGUGAAGAGGCAUUCAGUCAAGCUGCAGUACCACUGGAGUUCGACUUUUGAGUUGCGGAAAGAUGCCCACUCACCCACUAAUCCCAUUUAUGGAGAGUCCUGAUGGAUUAGGACAGGACUUCCUCAGCAGCAGCAGUGCCAAUAUGCCUGGUGCCAGCUCCAGCAUGACACCCCAUGCCAGCCUUGCACAGAAGAGCGAUGUCCAGGUAGUAGGCACCACCCUACCAAUGGACUGCAUGUUUUGUGAACAGAGCUUUCAGCAGCAUGAGGAGCUGGGGCCACAUGUAUUGUCCGAGCACCCCACCACACUAUUUGGCCCAGCUGUUUUACGGGUGGAGGCCGAGUUCCGCACCCCUGGGGAACGGCCACGUCCCAAGCAACAAAAUGUUUGCGGCCCAAAUAGUCUCGAGGAGGAGCCGCUGAGCUGUGUGGUGUGUGGACAGGAAGUGGUAGACUCUGCUGACCUGGAGAUUCAUAUGAAGAGCCACAAGGACUGUUACAGCUACUGCUGCUCAAUAUGUGGCCGCCGUUUCAAGGAGCCCUGGUUCCUCAAGAACCAUAUGCGCACACAUGGCGGGAAGGUGCGUGGCCGAACCCUACAAGACCCUGACGGUCCAGUCACCAUCAAUGAGGUUGUGCAGGACCAACCCCCGCCCACUGUGGUGUCGCCCUACCGGUUGUGCAUGAUUUGUGGAUUUUUCUUUGCUGACAUUAAGGCACUUUCUGAGCACAGCAGGGUACACUGCCACAAGCCAGAGUCAUGUGAGGAAGAGGAGGAAGGGCCUUGUGAAAAACGCCCAGACCAUGCUGAAGAGACCCCUACCUCCCAGGAUGCAUUCCUGGGGAUGUUCCAGCUGCAGCCAGCAGCUCAGACCUUCGAGCAACAGGCCAGCCGAGGCAUCGCCCUCAACCCCUUCAACACCUACCAGGCCUGGCAGCUGGCCACCAAGGGGAAAAUUACAACAGGGGUGAACGUGGCUAAAGAGCUCAGCCCGGACUCCAUAUCAGACAAUGAGGAUUCCUGCUCAGACAAGGAGGAGCUUGGUAGGAUCUGGGGCUCUGGACAAGGGGGGAGAGAGGAGAGAGCCGGAAAGGAUGGCCUCCGCAGUCAGCUGAAACCCGGCGGAGCUGAGACACCAUCUCCAGAGCCAGACCAGAAAAGCCUCAGGAAGGACAAGCCCACACACUGCCAGGACUGUGGAAAGACUUUCCGCACCUACCACCAGCUGGUAUUGCAUUCUCGUAUCCACAAGAGGGAGCGGGUCGGAGCGGAGAGCCCGACCCCUUCUCUGGAUGGGAAGGCCUACAGCACCGGCUCGGCGGACAGCACAGUGUUGGACAGAGCAGACGAGUAUGCAGAAGAGGGCUGUGAGGAUGGCAGGCGAGGUCACAACUUCCUUUCAGAUCAAAAAGAUGACAAAAUGAAACUGAAGAUUCUUGCACCCUCGCGCACAUGCACAUAUUGUGGCAAGACCUUUCGCUCCAACUAUUACCUCAACAUUCAUCUCAGGACACAUACGGGUGAGAAGCCAUAUAAAUGUGAGUACUGUGAUUAUGCAGCGGCUCAGAAGACCUCACUGAGGUACCACCUGGACCGCCGCCACAGGGACAAGCCUUACACUGAGAUUCCAAACAUCCCUGUGUCAUCCUAUACCUUCAUGCCCAGUGCCAAGGAGAUGGAGCCUUCCCCCAACAUGACCCAGAAGUGCCUGUCCCCCAGUGUCCCCAGCACCGUGGACACUAAGCCUGAUGCCUGUGAUGGGCUGUGUCAGCAAGGCACCGUGGCCAGCGGUAGCCCACUUUCACAGGUGAAGACUGAGCCAGAAGAUAGGGUGUCAGAGGGUACCACAGCGUUGAAGCCUACAGCCAAAGAUGAGCAAAACCUUAAAGCCGAGGGCAGUGAGGAGUGCGAGACCCCACUGGACUUGUCCCUGAGAGUGUCGGUGUCCGUGGCGUCUGCCUCUGACCUUUGCCAGCCGCCCACCAACUCCUGCUCGUCCUGCCCUUUCACCUCCCUCUACCCAGAGGUCCUGCUAAUGCACCAGAAGCUGGUCCACAAAGAGAAGCUGGAGCAGAUCAAACGCCAAGCGGGCAGAGCCACCAGCGCGGCCCUAAAACUGAGACGUCACACAGGAUGCCCCCCGGCUCUUGAGGGAAGAGAUGUGAGCCCGUUGAUCACUGCGGAUCGCAAGCACCCCCGGCGGACCACUUCUCCCCCACCCCUUCCAGCACUGCCCCCUAAAGCUCCUGAGAGGAGUCAACCCUUUCUUAAACAGGUCUCUCAGUCUCUGCCUAAAUGCUCCCCUCUUAAAAAGCCAGAGCUGGACCGACAAGGCACCAGGUUGAUUAUCCCCCACACCACCCAUGGCCCCUCAAAAUUGGGUGUGGGGCCUGUUGACUCGCCCUCUAAGCAAGGUGCGAUGCGGCUGGACCGGGACAGAGGAGCGAACCAAAGGGGAGGUGCGGUGGCUUCGGCUCACAGCGGUGUGGUGUGGCCUUCCGAUGCGGUGCGUCUCUGCCUGUCCAGCAGGUUUGCUCGGCUGCCACAGAGGGACUACCAUGAGCCCGUCACCAAGCGGCCUAAGCACUGUGACUCUGCGUUGGAUCUGCCUAGAGCCAGACGGCCACCAGAGGAGCACCCUCACCUCCGGUCCCCAGACAUGGGCAAUGUGGCCUCCGCAGCUGGCCUAGGAAACAAAGCAGCGCCCUCUGCUGGCACAGUGUCACGAGAGUCAGACUGGAGUGUGAUCAACCUGUUGCGCUCUUACACGCCCAGUGACCUGGCCUCCCUGUAUCGCAGCAGCCCCAGCCAUGCCAGCCCCCAUGGAACAGUGAACAGACCCAUGAUGUACUCUCAGUACCCCGGCAGCCUGCUGCAGAGGACAGAGGCACCGCGGCCAGUCGGCCAGGAGCCCAAACGCUGCCAACCCUCAGAGAAGAGCUCUUAGCACCCAUCAUGGUCUGUAGUGUGCAAACCAUUCCAUGGCAAGAACCUCACCUACUUAAAACGUGACUGGAAGCAAGGUUUACACCUCUACUAACAAGCUGUGACCUUUUUUGUUUUCUCUGUGAGCACAUGUAUCUCAAAUACUUUAUGAGAAGUGGUUGAGAGUCUGGUAGUUCUAUGAUUGUGGUUGUCAGUGGAUGAACAGAGUAUGGAAGAGAAAUUGGUGCACUGGUGUGGUUGAAGCUGAAACCUUCUCAGUCUGUCCUCACUGCUGCUGAUGUGUUUAGGUGUAUAGUCUAUAAUCAGCAAUAGGCAUGCUCCUCUUGAAGCCUCUUUAUUCCAUUCAUCUUGCAGAUGACCGUAUUGGGAAUAUGAGUAACAUUUGAGAAUGGUCCAUCUAAAUAAAUGAACUACACAUUGUUA